UUCUAAGUUUUGGACUAAAAUUGUAAUUAAUUUUUUGGUUCUUUAUUUCCGUGAUGUAAGUUAGAUCAUUGUGUUGCAAACCUGAUUGUUUAUGGCUAAUUCUUCCGAUCCCGCCAUUUGCUCUGCAGCUCUCCCGAUCGCCGUUGAUCUUUUCCUAUCCAAAGAACAUCCCGAUUACCUGACUAAUUCCUCCGGUGAUAUCAUCUACAGAAUCAAUCGUCCUUCUUUGAAAUCAUCGUCUGUUGACAAGAUUGUACUGCUUGACGCCGCCGCCGCCGAUCCUCUCAUUUCCAUUUUUCGCGUUAACAAAGAAUCUUGGCAAGGAUUCAAAGGGGAUGUUGGUGAGGAGGAUUUGCUCUUCAAAGUGCAAAGAACGCUUAACAAACUUAAAAGAACCGAGUUCAAAGUCUUCCUUGUCGGUGAAAGUUUAGACGACUCAAAUGCGAGCUUGGAGAUGAAAGGCUGGCCUUUCCAGAGAUCCUGUACUAUAUAUAAAGGCAAUACUAUAGUGGCCCAGACAAGCCUGAUGCAUAAGCUUCAUCAAAUUUGGGUUAGAAGGGGAAGAUUUCGACUAACCAUUUUUCCUAGUCCUGUUGAUCCAGCAUUGAUUGUAGCUUUGGUUGUAAUAUUCUUUGAUGGACGAAUGUAACAAAACUGAGCAGAAUAUUACAAAAUUGUUAAUCUGCAGUUUGUUUGAUGGAUCUGAUCGAACAAAAUAACGAAAAGGGAGAAUGAAUGCAAGAAGAAAUGGUAAUUAGAAUCACCAUCUACACUUUUCUUUUGGUAGUUGAUAGUUGAUAAAGAAUGGCUUUCAAUAAAAAAAAAUGUGAUCUCUAUUAGCAUU